GCGGACCAACCACACACAGAGCGAGUCUCACUCCGAGUCACCCGGCGAGUUUUUCAAUAAAUCUCUCCCAGAUCUCGAAUCUCUCCUCUAUACACUUCCUUACCAGCUUUUAGAGAAAAUGGAGACGUUUUUGUUCACAUCCGAGUCCGUAAACGAAGGACACCCCGACAAACUCUGCGACCAAGUCUCCGACGCGAUCCUCGACGCGUGUCUCGAACAAGACCCCGAGAGCAAAGUCGCUUGCGAGACCUGCACCAAGACCAACAUGGUCAUGGUCUUCGGCGAGAUCACGACCUCCGCCAAAGUGGACUACGAGAAGAUCGUUAGAUCCACUUGCCGUGAGAUUGGUUUCAUCUCCGCCGACGUUGGCCUCGACGCCGACAAAUGCAACGUCUUGGUCAACAUCGAGCAGCAGAGCCCCGACAUUGCUCAGGGAGUUCAUGGUCAUUUGACAAAAAAGCCUGAGGAUAUUGGCGCCGGUGAUCAGGGACAUAUGUUCGGUUACGCUACUGAUGAGACUCCUGAGCUUAUGCCUUUGACUCAUGUCUUGGCUACUAAGCUUGGCGCGAAGCUUACUGAAGUGAGGAAGAACAAGACUUGUCCGUGGCUGAGACCAGAUGGGAAGACUCAAGUCACCGUUGAGUAUAGGAACGAUGGUGGAGCGAUGAUUCCGAUUCGUGUCCACACGGUUUUGAUCUCGACUCAGCAUGAUGAGACUGUGACCAACGAUGAGAUCGCUGCUGAUUUGAAGGAGCAUGUGAUUAAGCCGGUGAUUCCCGCUAAGUAUCUUGAUGACAACACUAUCUUUCACUUGAACCCGUCUGGGAGGUUUGUGAUCGGUGGGCCUCAUGGUGAUGCUGGAUUGACCGGGAGGAAGAUUAUUAUUGAUACUUAUGGUGGUUGGGGAGCUCAUGGUGGUGGUGCUUUCUCAGGGAAAGAUCCAACCAAGGUUGAUAGAAGCGGUGCUUACAUUGUGAGGCAAGCUGCGAAGAGUGUUGUUGCUGCUGGACUUGCGAGGCGUUGUAUUGUUCAGGUUUCGUAUGCUAUUGGUGUCCCUGAGCCUCUCUCUGUGUUUGUUGAUACUUACAAGACUGGGACUAUUCCGGAUAAGGAUAUUCUUGUGUUGAUUAAGGAGGCGUUUGAUUUUAGGCCAGGGAUGAUGGCUAUUAACCUUGAUUUGAAGAGGGGAGGUAACUUCAGGUUCCAGAAGACUGCUGCUUAUGGGCAUUUUGGGCGUGAGGAUCCUGAUUUCACUUGGGAGGUGAUUAAGCCACUUAAGCCAAAGGCUUAA